AUGGCAGCCCCCCUUUACCCCCUUACAAAGCAGGGAGCAACGUUUAACUGGGGGGCUGAACAGCUACAGGCCUUUGAUGACAUCAAGCAGGCUCUUCUGACCUCUCCCGCUUUGGGCCUUCCCGAUAUCACGAAGCCCUUUGAAUUAUCCCCGUGUCCAUGUGCUCUGAGAGCUGCCGGCCCCGGGCAGAAGAAGAAGGCCGUGGGCAUGCACCCCUGCUGCUUCGAAUGCAUCAACUGCGUCCCCGGCACCUUCUACAACCAAACUGCAGAGGAGUUUGACUGCCAGCCCUGCCCGAUCCACACGUGGUCCCACCAGAAAGACACCUCCUGUUUCUUGCGACGGUUCAUCUUCCUGGAGUGGCAUGAGGCCCCCACCAUCUGCGUGAUCCUGCUGGCCGCCCUGGGCUUCCUCAGCACUCUGGCCAUCCUGGUGGUGUUCUGGAGGCACUUCCAGACGCCCAUGGUGCGCUCGGCGGGGGGCCCCAUGUGCUUCUUGAUGCUGGCACUGCGGCUGCUGGCUUUCGCCAUGGUGCCUGUGUACGUGGGGCCGCCCACGGGCUUCACGUGCCUCUGCCGCCACGCCCUCUUCAACCUCUGUUUCACCGUCUGCACCGCCUGCAUCACCUUGCGCUCCUUCCAUAUCCUGUGCAUCUUCAAAGUGGCGCGCCACCUGCCGCGCGCCUACCGCUACUGGAUCCGCUACCACGACCCCUACGUCUUCGUGGUGCUCCCCACGGUCCUCAAGCUGAUCAUCGUGCUGGCCAACUCAGUAGCCACCACCACCAACCCCACCUACCACACGGACCCUGAGGACCCCACGGUCAUCAUCCUGUCCUGCCAUCCCACGGCGCUGCUGUGCAAUGCCAGCCUGGACCUGCUGCUCUCCCUGGGGGGCUUCACCUUUGCCUUCAUGGGCAAGGAGCUGCCCACCAACUACAAUGAGGCCAAGUUCAUCACCCUCAGCAUGACCUUCUCCUUCACCUCCACCAUCUCCCUCUGCACCUUCAUGUCCGUCUACGAAGGGGUGCUGGUCACCAUCAUGGAGGUCUUGGUCACUGUCUUCAACCUCUUGGCCAUCAGCCUGGGCUACUUUGGCCCCAAGUGCUACCUGAGCCUCUUCUUUCCUGAACGCAACACACCCAGCUACUUCAACAGCGUCAUCCAGGGCUACACCAUGCGCAAAGACUAG